AUUUUCAAAACAAAAUCUGCACCUGGGUCCUGGGAGGUGGUUGUCUCAGAUACAGUUCGGUCCGCGUGGGUAACGGUCAAUCCCUUCCGAGCACGUGGAAAAGGGAGGGAAAGAGAGAGUGCGUUGGUGACAUAAGUGUGGAUUUGCUGUUACAUAAGGAACGAAUUUGAACUUACGGGACAGGAGAGUGAGAUAGAAAUAGAGUGUAUGUGAAACUUCGUGUUUGUGAUUUUUAUGGUUUUCGUUUUAAUAAAAUUGCAUUAUAUCUGAAUAUUGGAAAUACAAUUUGAAUGCUGGUCUUGUGUGUCGAUUUCAUCCGAGGACAAGUAGUGAUAAAACCACAUUUUGCGACGAAUCUUCACGACCCGCUUGUGAAUAAACACCCAGAAGAAAUAAUAAGAAAAUAAAGGUUACCAGAACUCCAUUUCGAGGACCAAUAAAAUGGAAUCUGAGAAUCGGAAGUGCUGUCAGCAGAAAAUGACAACCUGGCAGAAAAUUGCAACGCUCAUGCUUGCACUCAUUGCUGCAACAUUUGUGGAGGCGACGGUAGCGGGUGACUCGCUGGAGGAGGCGGCCAGUGAGGGGAAACUGCACUAUGAGGUGAUCAUGAGGGAAGCCAAGAUGCCCAAGUAUGGCGAUUGCUACCAGAACGCAUUGGAGGAUCUGCACAAUGGCUGUAGCAAUCUUGAUGACGAGACGCCCAACGCCCAUGGAUCAUCCUCAAGCUUCGGUUUCGUGACCUUUGAGAGCGAAGAUGUUGUGGACAAAGUGUGUGAGAUUCACUUUCACGAAAUCAACAACAAGAUGGUGGAGUGCAAGAAGGCCCAGCCGAAGGAGGUGAUGCUGCCGACGAGUGUUGGUCGCGGACGAGGAGGCGGGCGCGGCGGCUACGAUCUAGUUUGGUCGCUGGGAGCUCUCCCUGAUGGUAUCCAGGCAGCCGCUUACGCCGCUUAUGCAGGUCGCGGCUAUGCCAGUUACCCGAGCUUUGGGUUUCCUUAUCCAGCAGGCUUCCCGGCCGGUUGUGGAUACUUCCCCUCAGCCACGGGCGCCUCCAUCACGGGCGUCUCCCCACAAACGCCCACGCCAGCAGAUGGCUUCAAGGCAGCGGCAUACUACGAGUCCGGAGCGGUAGCCACGCCCACCCUCACGCCCACGGCACCCAUCACGCCCACACUGACGGGAGAUGUGACAGAGGAUAUGUUACAUUACCACCUGCAGGCUGAACGUUUGGCAGCAGCAGGCACCUACUAUGACUCAGGUGCCCUCGCUGCAGUCACCAUGAGCGGCUCGGGAGGUGACCAGCGGGCACAGCAAUCCAUCCAGGUGACUGCAGCGGCCCCCGGGGCUCCGCACACUCGGGCCGACCACAUCAACUCCUCCCCGAUGCUUAGAACCACAGAGACACAACGGUCGGUUCCCCUCGCCUGGCGCCACCUGACCUGGCUCUCCCGCCGGCCGUUCCGCCCGGGCCGAUCCGCGCCGCCCUCGCCUGGCUCCUCAGCGGCUGAGAGCGCCGGUCAGCUGCGACCAGAGGAGCCAGACCGGGCGAAACAUAACGAAAAAGACCUCACGCCCCAGACCAGAGGAGCCAGACCGGGCGAAACAUACCGAAAAAGACUGACCCGCCCCACGACCAAGGACCCAGGACGGGACGAAACACAACGAAAAAGACCUCACGCCCCAGACCAGAGGAGCCAGACCGGACGAAACAAAACGAAAAAACCUCACGCCCCAGACCAGAGGAGCCAACCGGAAACACCAACGAAAAAGACCUCACGCCCCAGACCAGAGGAGCCAGACCGGACGAAACACAACGAAAAAGACCUCACGCCCCCAGACAAGAGAGCCAGACCGGACGAAACACAACGAAAAAGACCUCCACGCCCCAGACCAGAGGACCAGACCGGACGAAACAUAACGAAAAAAGACCUCAGCCCCAGACCAGAGGAGCAGACCGGACGAAACACAACGAAAAAGACCUCACGCCCGACCAGAGGACCAGACGACGAGCUCAGCCCAGACCAGAGGAGCCAGACCGGACGAAACAUAACGAAAAAGACUCUCACGCCCAGAGGAGCCAGACCGGACGAAACAUAA